UCUACUGGUCCUUGUCUUUCAAAACUCAGAAACAUCGAGUUUGGCUGUCCUACCCUUUGAUGAAGAAAUGGGAGGUGUUAGCUUUGAAAUUAGUAGAAAUUCAGCUUUUGCUAUGCAUUGCUAUGGAAAUUCGUUUUCUUCCGGGGUUACGGUAUCUUGGAGACCCUUUCUUGGUACGUCUUUGGACACUAGAACUGCAAGGAAAUAUCAAGUUUUUCAUGCUCAAAAGCUCAAUUAUGGACCAGCUUGUGCUUCGUCGAAGAGUGUCUUCAACGCUGGGUUGAUUAGUGAUGGUCUGGUUUCAAGUGAAUUAGAGUUUAAGCCAUCAUUCGAUGAUUAUUUGAAGGAAAUGGAUUCUGCCAGAGCGGACAAGGAAAAAUUGUCCUCCAGAAAUGUUAGGGUAAAGAAGCAUGCUGCCAAUACUGAAAACCAAAAGAGGGAAAAGGUUAUGUCGAGGAAACCAAGGUUGGAAGGAGUUGAAAAAAGUACAAAACUUGAAAAGCUGGGAGGACAUGUGGAUAAAACAAAUGAGUUAGGAUUUGCUGAAAAAAAUGGGGCAUUGCAAGUAGUUGAAACAGUCCUGGGAAAAGAAAGCUCCUCCGUAGGUCAUAUUAAGCUCAGACCACGAGGGGCUAAAAGACGUGAACCUGAGUAUGACGGGGAAGAAAGCAAGCUUGAUAGUGCUGUGAAGCAGAAAAAGGAGGCAGAGGUAAUAGAAGACAGGUGGUUGGAAUGCCGGAUUAAUAGAUCAAAACCAGAUUCUGAUGGCAGUUUGUUUAAAAGGGAACGUAGAAGGACAGGCAAUAGCAAAGCUUCACUUAAUCGGAACAGCAACUGUGGCAACACCAUAGAGGUGGAAGUCGGCCACGAAGUACAAUCUUUAAAGAUGGUAGGAGAAAAGGAUGUUACAACCCGCCAAAUAUGCUGCAACUCAAAAGGGAAAAUGCCUAUGAUAAACAAAACUGUUGUUAGCAACAACGGCAUUCACAAUGGACGUGAGAAAAUCUGCACAAAAAAUGAGAACGUGGGGAAAGAAAAUGGGUGGGAAAAUCUCAACUUGAAUGGAAGCAUUAGAUGUUAUGGUUAUGACAACUUGGAGGUGGAAAGAGCAGCAUUUAAGACUUUUGAAGAGUUGAAUGGUGUUGUCAACAAGCCACAGGUUUCGCACAAGGAAACGGAGGAUAGAAUCCAAAGGCUAGCAAAUUCGUUGAAUGGUGCUGAUAUAAAUAUGCCUGAAUGGAUCUUUUCUAAGAUGAUGAGAAGUGCAAAGAUAAAAUUUAAUGAUUAUUCUAUUGUGAGGGUUAUCCAAAGAUUGGGAAAACUAGGAAACUGGCAGCGGGUGAUACAGGUCAUUGAAUGGCUUCAAAGGCGUGAGCGUUUCAAAUCCCACAAGCUAAGGCAUAUAUACACUGCUGCUCUUGAUGCACUUGGAAAGGCAAGGAGACCCAUAGAGGCACUAAAUGUAUUUCACGCGAUGCUGCAACAAUUGUCCACAUACCCUGAUUUGGUAGCUUACCGUAGUAUUGCUGUCACUCUUGGACAAGCAGGGCACAUGAAGGAACUCUUUGAUGUGAUUGACAUCAUGCGGUUGCCACCUAAGAAGAAGUUCAAAGUAGGGGCACUUGGGAACUGGGACCCUAGGCUGGAACCAGAUGUCGUAGUUUAUAAUGCCGUCCUCAACGCUUGUGUUCAGCAGAAACAGUGGGAAGGGGCUUUCUGGGUUUUACAGCAGUUAAAGAAGCAACGUCAACAACCUUCUACUACAACUUCUGGCCUUGUCAUGGAGGUGAUGUUUACAUGUGGCAAGUACGAUCUAGUUCAUGAAUUUUUCAUGAAAGUUCAGAAGUUUUCUAUUCCCAAUGCAUUGACAUAUAGAGUUCUUGUGAAUACACUAUGGAAAGAGGGCAAAACUGAUGAGGCUAUAUUGGCAGUGCAAGAUAUGGAAAGACGAGGAGUUGUAGGUUCUGCUUCUCUUUAUUAUGACCUUGCUCGAUGUCUUUGUGCAGCUGGAAGGUGUGGUGAGGCACUGAUGCAGAUAGAGAAGAUAUGCAAGGUUGCAAACAAGCCACUUGUAGUGACUUACACCGGCUUAAUUCAAGCAUGUCUGGAAUCUGGAAACAUACAAGAUGGGGCAUACAUUUUUGAAAAAAUGAAGGAUGUUUGCUCCCCUAAUCUUGUUACUUGUAAUACAAUGCUGAAAGCUUACCUGGAAUAUGGGAUGUUUGAAGAAGCAAAAGAAUUGUUUGAGAAGAUGUCAGAAAACACGAAUCAUGUGAGGAGAAAUUCUGAUUACAAAGUUGUGGUGAUACCAGAUAUUUACACAUUCAACACCAUGUUAGAUGCAUGCAUUGUAGAGAAGAAAUGGAAUUAUUUUGACUACGCUUAUCAAAAGAUGCUAUACCAUGGUUACCACUUCAAUCCAAAACGUCAUCUUCGAAUGAUACUGGAGGCAUCAAGAGCUGGAAAGGAAGAGCCUAUUGAAACGACGUGGAAGCACUUGAUCCAAACAGAUCGUAUUAUUCCAGCUACUCUUAUAAAGGAAAGAUUCUGUAUGAAGCUUGAAAAGGAUGACCAUGUUGAGGCUCUUAGAUGUAUCACCAGUGAUCUCUCUAAAGACAUGCAGGCAUUUUCUAAGCUAUCUUGGUUGAAUCUAUUGAAAGAAAAUGCUCAACGCUUUCAGAAGGAUACACUAGUUAGGUUAAUGGAUGACGUAAACACCUUAGUUUCCAAAAGUAGUUUGUCACUUCCAGCACUUGAAGCACUUGAAAACCUAAUGCUAUCUUGGAAAGAAAUCUGUACCCUGACCUUGGUGUGACUGACAUCAAACAGGUGGUUAACUCUAGAUGAACUAGUGUGUAAAGAGCACUAUGAUUGUAACAUACGCUAUUAACACCACCGGUUCAAAAUUAGAUGUCAAUGGUUACUGUCACCUUUUUUUUUUUUGGGCAUUAUCUGGUGCCUGGUGGAGUGGUGGUCAGGCUAGUCCCAUUUUGUGUAGAUUAUUGUUAUUUUUUUCCAAUUCGUUUUUGUUGUGCUUGAAGUUUUGUAUUUUUUGUAUUUUUUGUCAAGAAACAAUCGAUUAACUCUUUGGCAUAA